UCCAAACUGUUGCUCGCUCGUGUCUACAUCGUAGAAGGAAAAUCAACAACCAUCAUCCAAGAUGACUGAAACCGAAGUUGCCGCCGCUCCAGCUGUUGCCGCGUCCCCGGCCAAGACCACCACGCCGAAGAAGGCCAAGGCCCCGAAGGCGAAGGGAGAGAAGAAGCCGGCCAAGCCCGCGGCCCAUCCGCCGGUCGCCGAGAUGGUUCUGGCCGCCAUCACAACCCUGAAGGAACGCAACGGAUCGUCGCUGCAGGCCAUCAAGAAGUACGUCGCGACCACCUACAAGUGCGACGUGGCCAAGCUGUCGAUCUUCAUCCGGAAGGCGCUGGUCAAGGGCGUGGAGAAGGGUACGUUCACCCAGCGCAAGGGAACCGGUGCUACGGGUUCGUUCAAGCUGGCCGUGAAGGAAGCGGCCCCGAAGAAGGCUGUCGCUAAGAAACCAGCCGCCGCCAAGAAGACGAAGACCGCUGCGGCCAAGAAGCCAGCGAAGAAGGCUGCUGCCGCCGCGAAGAAACCCGCCGGCGAGAAAAAGGCCAAGGCAGCCGCUGCCAAAACCGCCAAGAAGGCUGGUACCGUGAAGAAGGCAAAGGCUGCUGCGUCUCCGAAGAAGCAGAAGGCUACCAAGCCAUCGAAGACCGCGGCCAAGAAGCCCAAGACCCCGAAGCCGAAGAAGGCCGCGCCGGCCAAGAAGGCUGCUGCCGCCAAGAAGAAGUAAACGAGUUCGAGCGUUGCUAGGCAGCACCCACCCAAACAAAACAACAGUCCUUUUCAGGACUACCAAACCAAUCACGAAAGAGUUACCCUUGAAAUAUUCCAACCUAGUUAUUUA